AUGGAGAAGAACCACCCAGCUGAAGCUUCCGUAGUAGCCUUCUUGUAUUCACACCAAGACACAUAUUUUCUCCGUAACACAGUGGAAAACACAGAGAACUUCAACCGUUUCGUAUCUACCCUGAUACCCACCUCCGACGUCUACGUCGUUGGGAAAACAGCCAUUUCCUGUGUUGAAGAACACUCAGAGAGGAACAACGAUUUGCACUUGUGUCUUGACCUCGCCUUAAUCAGGAGAGUGUCCCAGUACAGAAUAACAAUGGCUCUCACUGCAGGAGCAGAGAGCAGCCAUUGCUGUGUCUGGCAGCAGGUAGAAAGUCUGUCUGAUAUUAAAACAGAAGAUACAGAGGGAGAAGAAGAGACACAUGUGACUGAUAUAAAGGAAGAAGAUAUAGGCGGAGAAGAAGAGACGUAUGUGACUGAUAUGAAGGCAGAAGAUAUAGAGGGAGAAGAAGAGACGUAUGUAACUGAUAUAAAGGCAGAAGAUAUAGAGGGAGAAGAAGAGACGUAUGUGACUGAUAUAAACGCAGAAGAUAUAGAGGGAGAAGAAGAGACGUAUGUGACUGAUAUAAACGCAGAAGAUAUAGAGGGAGAAGAAGAGACGUAUGUGACUGAUAUAAAGGCAGAAGAUAUAGAGGGAGAAAAAGAGACGUAUGUGACUGAUAUAAAGGUAGAAGAUAUAGAGGGAGAAGAAGAGACGUAUGUGACUGAUAUAAAGGCAGAAGAUAUAGAGGGAGAAGAAGAGACGUAUGUGACUGAUAUGAAGGCAGAACAUAUUGUGGGAGAAGAAGAGACGUAUGUGACUGAUAUGAAGGCAGAAGAUAUAGAGGGAGAAGAAAAGACGUAUGUGACUGAUAUAAAGGCAGAAGGUAUAGAGGGAGAAGAAGAGACGUAUGUGACUGAUAUAAAGGCAGAAGAUACAGAGGGAGAAGAAGAGACGUAUGUGAGGGGUGAUCAGCAGUGUAAGGAGGAGGAGAUCCCUACAGAUAUCAGCACAGCAGAUGGACACACAAGCAGGAAUAUCUCAGAAGGACAUCUAAUGUUAUCCCCGGAUUGUGACAUAAAAGAUAAUGACAGUAGACAGGAUUCUCCAGGAGCUAACCCCAUUAACCCAAUUAUACAUCCAGCUUUGUCAGCUGAUCCCCCUGAUCCUGGUGAAUGUUCUCCUGAUCAUUCUGAUAUUGGUGCAUCUGUUACAGCUCUGACAGUAGAUACAGUGUUUCCGUGUUCUGUAGAUGCCAAAUGUUUUACACAGAACACAAAGCCUAUUAACCCACACACAGGUAAGGUAGGUGAAAGGCCACUGAUAUGUCCGGAGUGUGAGAAAUGUUUUACAUACAAAUCAGAUCUUGUUAUACAUCAGAAAAGUCACAUAGGUGAGAAGGCAUUUCCAUGUUCUGAGUGUGGGAAAUGCUUUGCACGGAAAUCAUGUCUUGUUAGACAUCAGAGAAGUCACACAGGUGAGAAGCCAUUUCCAUGUUCUGAGUGUGGGAAAUGUUUUACACAUAAAUCAGAUCUUGUUAAACAUCAGAGAAGUCACACAGGUGAUAAGCCAUUUCCAUGUUCUGAGUGUGGGAAAUGUUUUACACGGAAAUCAGAUCUUGUUAUACAUCACAGAACUCACACAGGUGAGAGGCCAUUUCCAUGUUCUGAGUGUGGGAAAUGUUUUACACGGAAAUCAGAUCUUGUUAUACAUCACAGAACUCACACAGGUGAGAAGCCAUUUCCAUGUUCUGAGUGUGGGAUAUGUUUUGCACACAUAUCAAAUCUUGUUAUACAUGAGAGAAGUCACACACGUGAGAAGCCAUUUUCUUGCUCUGAGUGCAGGAAAAGUUUUACCUGGAAAUCCCUACUUGUUAUACAUCAGAGAAGUCACACAGAUGAGAAGCCUUUUCCAUGUUCUGAGUGUGGGAAAUGUUUUGCAAACAAAUCAGAUCUUGUUAAGCAUCAGAGAAGUCACACAGGUGAGAGGCCAUUUCCAUGUUCUGAGUGUGGGAAAUGUUUUGCACACAAAUCAGAUCUUGUUAGACAUAACAGAAGUCACACAGGUGAGAAGCCAUUUCCAUGUUCUGAGUGUGGAAAAUGUUUUACACAGAAAUCACAACUUGUUAUACAUCAGAGAAUUCACACAGGUGAGAAGCCUUUUCCAUGUUCUGAGUGUGGGAAAUGUUUUGCACACAAAACCGUUCUUGUUAGACAUAACAGAAGUCACACGGGUGAGAAGCCAUUUCCAUGUUCUGAGUGUGGGAAAUGUUUUACACGAAAAUCAGUUCUUGUUAUACAUCAGAGAAGUCACACAGGUGAGAAGCCAUUUCUAUACUCUGAGAAAUAAAUCAGCUCUUGUUGCACACAAUAGACAUAACUCAGGUGAAGAACCAUUUUAAUCUUCUGGAGUAUACUCAUCAUUGCCAUGCGUUGUUUUUCAAGGUUCUUAUCCUAUCUCCUAUGCUUUUUGCAAUAUACAUGCUACCACUGGGUAUAAUAAUCAGAUGUCAUGUCCUCAUCUACCACUGCUAUGCAGAUGACCUGUCUUUUGCUCUGGUUACUGAGAACCCAGUACCAAUCCUAAAUGGUUGUCUAGCUGAGCUCCAGGUGUGGGUGAUGCCAGUUGGUGAAACAGGUCCUUGUGAUAGAAGCUCACCAACAAAGGACAGGGCUACAGCUCAGCUUUGCCUACCAACCAGAAUUACGCUUGGGGGUUCAGAGUUACAAAAUGCUGAUCAUGGGGGUGAUUCCGAGUUGUUCGCUCGCUAGCUGAUUGUAGCAGCAUUGCACACGCUAUGCCGCCGCCCUCUGGGAGUGUAUCUUCGCUUAGCAGAAUUGUGAACGAAAGAUUAGCAGAAUAGCGAAUAGAAAAUUCUUAGCAGUUUCUGAGUAGCUCCAGACUUACUCCAACACUAAGAUCAGCUCAGGCCGUUUAGUUCCUGUUUGACGUCACAAACAUGCCCUGCGUUCAGCCAGGCACUCCCCCGUUCUCCUGACACUCCUGCGUUUUAUCCUGGCACGCCUGCGUUUUUCUGCACACUUCCAGGAAACGGUCAGUUUUCGGCCAGAAACACCCACUUCCUGUCAAUCACACUCCGAUCACUUCAACGAUGGAAAUUCUUUGUUCUUCCGUGAUUAAAUCUACAAAGUUUGAGCUAAAAUACUUAGCGCACUGCGUAGCAUGCGCAUUUUCGCAUUAAUUGCUCCGUUGCCAAAAUCGGCAACGAGCGAACAACUCGGAAUGACCCCCCAUAUGCGGAAUCUUGGUGUCCUGGAUGGUGGAGUGACACUUAGACAUCAGUAUCUGCCACAAUCAGAUCCUCAUCUGAGGAACAUAGCCAGACUCCAGCACUUAUUUCCCUCAGAAGAUCUACCUACAGUCAUACAUGCACUUGUAUCAUCACACAUGGACUACUGCAAUGUCCUCUACCUGGGUCUCCCAGCAAAAGAAUUGCACUGCUUGUAGCUUGUACAGAAUGCAGCAGCCAGGCUGUUACCUAACCAGCCCGUUCCUGCCACAUAACACCCAUUCUCUACCUCCUCCGGCUGCCUGUAAGAUGGUGACUAUUACAUAAUCUUACUGACUCUCCCAGCCCUACAUGACCAGGGUCUAUGGUACCAGAAGCAGCUUCUGCCUCAUUACUGCCCUGCUUGUUUACUUCCAUCUGCAGAUAAAGGACUGUUACCAGCAGUACCAAGAAUCCCCAAGCAGUGCUGAGAUGUCAGAGGGGGAGACAGGGUGGUGGCACUAGUGCUGUAGCGGGGGCUGCCGGAGGCACUGUCUGUGGGUAAUAUUGUCCUCAAGCAGUGCUAAGGUGUCAGAAGGGGAGACAGGGCAGUGGCAGUAGUAGGGGGAGAUAGGGCAGGUGACAGCAGGGGGGGGAGACAGGGUGGAUGGUCACAGUGCAGUACCAGGGGCUGCUGGAGGUAGUAACGAGGUGUAUGGGUCCUGCACAGAACCAGUUGAUAAUUAGACUUAAUGAUUAUUCUUCCUUACUUCUAAUGAAUCCCUUGUAUGUGUUACUGUUAUUUGCUGUGUCAGCCUUUAUGUGUGUUCUGUGUAAUAAUCCUGAAAGUAGUGCUGCUACCGAUCUCAUAUCAUUUGUAGUAACUUGGAAAAGAUGAGAUAUGAGGUGCACUCUGGAAGCUUAUAGGGGGUUAAUCUGAGAUGACCGCAGAUGUGACAUCACGCAGCCCCUGGAAAAUGGUCCUGGCCCGCCCUCAUUCACCCCUCAGGGAUGCGGCCACAAUGCGUGUGUCUGCAGCCUCUGCACGUGCAUUUUGUCACCACCAGUAAACAGCUGCGGGCCACUAUUGCGGCUGGGUCUGAAUGACCCCCAUAGGGUUUUGGCUCUCCUGAUAUGUAUCUGUUUUACUUACGUGCAAUACUAUAAUGUAACUUGAAUUGUUUCUGUGCUUUAAAGGAUAUUUUAUCCAUGUUGUGCAGAGUAAAGUAUUUUUUAAGUUUAAAAUAUAGAG